GCAGCACGUCGUCAUCCUACUGUGCCGCUCCGUGGUACGAAUAUUGUUUCAAUUGUCACCGCUGACCCCCCGGCGCAAGGGACUUCCAAAUCUCUCAAUUCACGUCUGUAGUGGCUGUGCUACAGUAAUAACAGGGGUUGUUUCUGUUUUGUUUUGAAUUGCACUCUAUAUUUUGAGUUGGUGAUAAGAAUUGGAUUGGGAAACUGUGUUACUGUGCGCCUAUGGAUAUAGCAGUCGCUUUCAACAUCAGACCUCUAAGACCAUCCAGGCUAUGACCUUUUCUUCGGAAGUGAAAUCAGACGGAGCCAUCAAGCCACUGAACCCCAUACGUUGCUCUCUGUGUUAUUUCUACUGCACGUAGCAUAUAUCGUUUUCCGUUUAUAUUCUUACUGCAAUUCUAUCAUGGAAGAGGACAACGUGUUAUCCGAUUUUAAGGAUAUUGAGAAAAAGUUGGGUCGCAGUGUUCCUGAAAGUCUCAUUCGUUCCCUAGCGGGAGGACAUCAUCAUCACGACAAACAUGAGGAUAGAAAACCGGCGACACCGAAGAACCGCUCAAACUCUGCUGACGUAAAACGACUGGAGAGCAAGAUAUUAUUUUUGAAACAAGAAAUGGCCCACCUCCGUGCAAUCGAUGUCAAGCUGAUGCAGCAGCUGAUGUCAAUCAACGAGUGCAUCGAAUCCAUCAAAUGGGUGAUGGAGGACAAGGGAGGCAUAGCCAGUCGUGAAAGCAGCCUGACUGGCAGCCUGUACAGCUUAACGGACAGCGAGGACGACACCUCUCCACGAGGCAGCUUCACCAGUCUGCAUGACGGAAACAGUGACGGAUUGGACGGGAUAUCCGUGGGCAGCUAUCUGGAUACGUUGGAUGAGUUAGCUGAGGACCUUUCAGACCACCCUUCUCCGACGGAUCUUCAUCUUUUCUCAGAUAUACCCAUUAUAGAGGACAAGACUUUCAGCAAGCCACCCAUGCAAGUCAGAGUGGAUUCCGAUGAGUACUAUUGCUUUGGAUAGUGCUAUUACCAACACAGGCAAAGACCACAGGGUUAUUUUACCUAGCGUUAUCAAUGAGUUGGCAUGGUAAUAGUUCAUUACAAAUGUUUCAUAAGUUGUCUUGUUCAUUGAGCUCGCUGUGGGAAAUAUAGCACAUGGAUGUUUCCCUUGAUGAUCUGUUAUUUUCCUGCUGCUAAGUAUUUUACAGUGACAUUUUAAGUUUACCUUUAUUUAAUAGGCAAGUCAGUUGAGAACAAAUUCUUAUUUACAAUGACGGCCUACCAGGGAACAGUGGGUUAACUGCCUUGUUCAGGAUUUUUAUCUUGUCAGCUCGUGGAUUCGAUCCAGCAACCUUUCGGUUACUGGCCCAUUUAAGUGGGUUUACAACAGGCAAAUACUCAGUUGUGCUAUUUUGUAUCUUAAAACCAAAUUCUUUUUUUGUCUUUGAUGCAUUUACACCUCACUAAACCUUAGCCACUUGUCGCCAGUUCGGAAGAGCUUUAAACAUCAUUGAGAAUUCAACAAAGGUGCAAUUUAUCUGCCCUCAACAAUAUGAACUACAACCACAAUCAACAGGUCUGAAACAAAAAGGGGGGAAAACGAAAGUAAUGCUAAGUAGUGCUCUCUCAUCCUCAUCAUCUUUGGUGUUGCGUUCGAGUGCUCUUACCAAGACCCUCCCCUUGAAUCCUCCAGGAGCGUGGAGGCGACUCUUUGACGGGGAAUCUUACUUACAAAUCUAACCUGUAGGAAGUAAUUUGUUGUUUGUUUUGUUGUUAGAACAGCACGACUGAAUUGGCAAAAAUGUGAUGGGUUUUUCACAAAAUAUUCAUUCAGUGCACUCUGACUGUAUUCCAAAGAGUCUGAUACCUCAGUCUCUUUUUUUCUUUUUCACUUAGAUACCGUGUCUUUGGUUAGCCGUUCAUCCAUCCGAACUAAGUUAAUGUAGUAGAUAAGGAAUUUGUGGUAAUUUGGAGCAUUAGCGGUUCCAUGCGGAGACAUCGGCUGGACUGGUUUAGUGCGGCAGAAAUACUGUUUUCCCUCAUCUAGAGGUUGUAUCAUUCAAGUGCAAUUUGUGAACAUGCCAAAUCACUGUAUUUUAGCUCAUCUACUAAAUAUGGAAGCUAUUCAAAUUAAAAUAAAACAUCGAUUUUUACAGUUAUAUGCGUACAUAUUAAACAUUGGACAGACAUUGUUCUUGCUUGCUUUUUUAUUUAGACAGAUGGCAGUCAAAUUGCCAUGCCAACAAGGUCGUUAUUUUACUCUUUUUGUUUUGUUUUACCACAAGAGAUGAAUUGCAAACCAUUUACAAAGUGGAAAUCUUGACAUUCACAACACUCAGUUAAUUUAAUUACUAGAUAGUAUUUGUUGAUCACAGUUUAUACCUUACUGUUGAACUAGUCAACUAGUUAAUGACUGGUAACUAACAAAAUUCAAGUACAAAAGUAAGGCCAUUUAUUUCUGUACAAAGAUGAUAUAGCUUUAAGCUCCACUUUGUGUCGAUUCACAUUACCUGUGAGUAUUGUUUCGUGUUGCUUACUUUUUAACGUUGAAAUUUAUUGUUUUUAUUGGUGUUGUUGAAAGGUUUGUUGGGGAAAAUAAAUAAUAUAUUGUGAUGGUC